GCGUCUUCAGUCAAACGAGAUUAGAGCAGCUAAAGAGCGCUAAUCCGAGCAGCGCGGGGGAAAAACGCGGUUUUAACAGUUUAUUCAUUUAUUUAUCUAUUUAUUUUAACACAAGAGCGACUUUAUAGAACUUUCCUGACUGAAAACAUGAACGGGACGCGGAGUUUGUGCACAUUUGACGACAUCAGGUCGGAGGACGGAGCGGAAAGCUGCCGCAGACUCAGACUGACCCUGCAUGAGCAGAACCAGCAGCAGCAGCAGCAGCAGCAGCAGCAGCAGCAGCAGCAGCAGCAGCAGCAGCAGCAGCAGCAGCAGCAGCCCACCACAGUAAAGCCAAUUGGAAGAGCCUUCGCCUUGGUGCAGCCAGCCAAUGAGAGGCAGCCUUUGAGGAUAGAGCCCAUCAAACCGACAGAAGAGAAGGUUGAGGUCAUAAAGGUGUAUCUGGAAGCCCGGAAGCAGGAGCAGGCCAGACACCAGCAGAGCCUUAGGAUGCUCUCAGAAGAAGUCUCUCAGAUUCAAGAGGUCAGAUAUUGUUUGAAGAGCUUGAGGGAGCAGAUGGCAGCUAAAAACAACCACAGAACAGAACACAAGUUGCAGUUGGUGCGCAACGGUGUCAGCAGAGUGAACGGCGCCCCAUCAUCAACAGCGCACGACAGCGAGGACAAACAGGAGCCAGUGGACGAGCAAGAGCGAGCGAAGAUGAGGGAGGUUAGUAAACGGCUGUACGCUCAGCUGCAGGACGCAGAAAAAAGACACCAGGAGGAGAAAGAAAAACUACAGGCGGAGGCCGGUCAGUAUAAGCGGCAGCUCUCUGAACAGAGCGAGCGGCUGAAAGAUGCCCAGCUGAACGCAGAGCGUCAGGACGAGAGAAUCGAGGAGCUUCAGAGGCUGAUGGGAGGGAUGGAGCAGGAGAGCUCCACGCUGAAGGAGGAGCUAAUGACCCGGCAGGCGGAGCUGCUGCAGCUGCGGGAGAUGAAGGAGGAGGGACAGGCUGAGAAGGAGAGGUUAGAGCAGUUGGAGAGGGAGAAUGCCAUCCUGAAAGAGAAAAUUCAUCACCUUGAUGAUAUGCUGAAAAGCCAGCAGAGGAAACUCAGGCAGAUGAUCGAGCAGCUCCAGAACUCCCGUAUGAUGAUUCAGGAGCGAGACCGGAUCAUUAAAGAACUGGAGGAGAAAGUGGCUUUCCUGGAAGCAGAGAACAGGGAGAUGCGUGAUCAGAUGGACUACUAUGCAGGUGGUCAUCGGUCAAACUCGUACCUGUCAGAUCACAACGCUCAGAUUGUCUACAGCAAACCUCUGAAACCAUCCGGUCCGAGCAGCAAGAGCCUACCGUUCAUUAAAGUGAUCGAGAUCAAAUCGUGAAGAGCACCACUGCACCAUGAGAAUCACGGGUCCACACCUUUCUACAGAAUCAACCACAACAGCCCACGCUGCCCUCCAUCACUGCACAGCUAUUCCACAACAAACCGGAGCAGCUUGAAUUUCUGCUUCAUUGUCAAACUAACUGACUGUGUGUCAGUGUGUGUGUGAAGCUUUGUUUUAUUGUUAUUAGUGUAUACAUAAACAUAUACACACAGAUAUUUAAAAGAUAUAUAUGUAGGUUUUCGGUUACAGUUCGGUGUGAAUAGAUAGAUUGAUUAGCAUUGUAGGUGUAAUUUUUUUUAUUUUUAUUAUUAUUAUUUACUGUAGCACACGACCUGACAUGACGUUGCCUGCAUGCUAACACUGACCCAGACUCAGCUGAAGUAUGAGUUCAGGCGAGUUCAUAAUUUAAUCCUAAUGAAGAAGUUGAGCAACUAAACCGAAAUGAAGAAAUAUGGGAGAGGAAAGCGUGAGGAAGGAGUGAAUUAAUCCGUUUUUUUUUUUUUUCGUUUUUUUUGAGGCUGGCCCUCCAAAACACAAAGUCCAAUCUCUCUGUGAAUGUGUGUGUGUGUGUGUGUAUAUAUAUAUAAAUAGUCUGACAGAUUGUGGCGUAUAAUCCCCUCGUUCACUCACUCAGCUUUCCCUCAAUUAAAUGACCUUAAUUAAUCAAACAAUCAAUUCUUUCUAAUCUUUCAGAUCUGGAGAUUACAGUUAAGCAGCAGAUCUGUAUAUGGGCUUUAUGGGCUUGUGCAGUCGUCUCUUGUCUUAAUGAAGGAAAGCGAGCCUAUCCGUGUGGCGCCAAGUGGAAUAUGGCCCAGCUUCUAAGCUAAAACUGCUGGGGCCAGGCGCUUAAAAUAACCAGCUAAGCCGACUUUCAAGUCAAAGUCUUUAGGCCAUUCAGAAGACAAAAAAAAAACUGAGGCAGGCCUGAACAUGAAACAGGAAAGGUAAGGCCCGGCCCAGCCUUGCUGCUGUUGUUUAAUAACGGCACCAUGGUGACCUGCAGCCAUUGAAACUGCUGUGUUUGCGCUGCUUAGAUGAGUUUCGUGCUCAGGCCUUGAGCAGAAUGGGUUUUGUGAGAGCAGACUAAGCCUGACUAAGAUCUGUCAGCUUUUAAUCUUCUACUAACAUCUCAACAUUAAUGUUUUUUGUUUCAACAAGGCUUUGUCUCAGCUGGCUUAAAGACAAACUGGCACAAUGAAGAGUCAUAAUGAUGUCUGAAUCAUAUUACCUAGACUUUGAUACCGAUAUACGAUGAUACUGAACACACUAUGAUACUAAUUUUUUUAGUAAUAUCCAAAAAAAAGGAGCGAAACUUAAACAGUAAAGUAGAAAUAGUACAGCAAUUUAGUGCUCAGUAUGUUUUCUAACAAACUACAUCCAGCCAGGUACUGACAUUUGAUUGUGAAUUAUUAAUUUUGUACUAAUUUGUUCAUUACCACACUGACUUUAAUACCUAUCAAUACCAAUAUCAAAAUCUAUUGUAUUAUAUUAUAUUAAGUAUUUUUCUCUGCAUUUGGUUCAUAAUAUUACUGUGUUCUGGAACAAAAACUAAAUGUAUAGUUAGACAGUGGGUUGCUGCACUGAAAUGGCACUUUUUAAACAUCACACUACAUUUAUUACACUAAUUUAGCUCAGCUAAUGUUAAGGUUAAUUUUAAAUCAUUAAAAAAAAAUCAAAUGUUUGACAUAAGGAUGGGUUAAAAGAGAUGUUUUUAGCUUCUACCUAAAGCUAGCAUGAGCCACAAAUCAUCCUUUGCCCACCAGACACCCUCCCUUCCUCCCUCCCUCUCUGCUCUGUCUGCACAAACAGUUUAUUGGAUUAUAUAUUAGUAAAUAUGCCCCAAUAGAAAGCACAGAGUCAUGCCUUCAUUAAACAGCACUACCCCUAACCAAACAAGAGGAACGAAUAGCGGUAAAUGAGUAUCAAACUCUAAUGAAACACGGUUCAGAGAUCAGUCUGUUAAAAAAAGGCAUUUCAGCUUUCAAACGUUUCGCCCAAACUCCCAUCAUCAUCACCAAGCUUUUGUAUAUACUGUAUUUAUGGCGUACGAAAUCUUUCUAUUUUCUUUCUACACUUCUGCAAACGUCCGUCCUUAAAACGGGCUUCCUUACUUACUUAUUGCAAUUUUCUCUGUUCUCUAUUUAAUAUAAAGAUUAUUUUUGUAGUGAAACCUCGGCGCAGUCUUAGAAUUAUUGAUGUAUUAAUUGCUAUGCAUAUUUAUAUGUAAGAUGUGUGUGAUUUGAGAUUAAAGUUAAGUGAAGUAAA